AUGCCAAGAUCAAAGAGAUCGAAAUUGGUGACUCUUGCCCAGACGGACAAAAAAGGAAGAGAGAGCAAAGUAAAAUUGUUCGAUGACGUUAGAAAAUCACUAGAUUCACAUAGGUACACUUGGGCACUUCAAAUGGAUGAUGUUCGUACUCCAGUUUUGCAAGAUAUAAGAAGAGACUGGUCAGGAUCAAAGCUUAUUAUGGGAAAGAAAAAGGUGCUUCAUAAGGCAUUUGGAGAGACUCGUGAAGAAGAGUACAAGGAGAAUCUUCAUAAGCUUGUCGGCUAUGAUCAGGGAUUUGUUGGUUAUCUUUUUACGGAUGAGUCUCCUGAGACUGUCGAUUCUUACUUCAGAUCCUACGUGAAGAAUGAUUAUGCCAGGGCCAAUAAUAGAUCUCCAAUCACUUUUAUAGUUCCUGAGGGAACCUUAUACUCUAGAGCCGGACAGAUCUCUAUAGAAGACGAUGUGCCUAUGCAACAUACUAUGGAACCAACUCUAAGAAACAAGUUCCAGAUGCCAACAAAAAUUGUCAAGGGAAAAAUCACGCUCACUGAACCUUUCAAGGUUGUCAAUGAAGGUGAUGUUCUCAGCGUCAAGCAAGCUGUCAUUAUGAAAACUUUUGGCGUUGCUGCUGCCGAAUUUAAGGUCAAGAUUUUGGCAUAUCAUGACAAUACUACGGGAGAAGUGAAGGAAGUUGAUGGAAAGAAGAAAGAAAUAAAAAAGAAGCAAAUAAAUAACGAGAAGAAGCAGAAUGAGGAGCCAAUGGAGACUGCUGCCUAG